AUGCCUCCUACAAGAGAAAGAAGAUGGUGGACGAGCCAAGAAGAUGACAUACUCAAAAGAGAGGUGCAGGGAAAAAUCCGCCAAGGCGGGAGCGUCCAAAACUGGAACGACAUCGCCAUGUCAUUACCGGGCCGUACCAACAAGGACUGCCGCAAGCGGUGGGCAAAGAUCCAAGUUGAUAUUCGAAAAGGUGCUUGGACACAAGAAGAAGAUGAGAGGUUGCAGAAGGCCGUGCUGCAACUCGGAUGCAAAUGGUCACAGGUAGGAGCCAUGGUUCAAAGUAGAAAUGCCGACCAAUGCGCGAAACGUUGGCAACACGUAUUGGGACCCGACGUUAAGCAUGUUUCCUGGACCCCCGAGGAGGACAAGAAGUUGUUGGACGCCAUGGCCAUCAUAUGCAUGGAUUUACGGCUGACCAUGGCUCGCAGGAGUCUCAUUCUCGGCCGCAGGAAUCGACAUGCACAAUCUAAUGGCUCGAAUUCCUCUUCACGGUCAUUACCGGAGACCAAUGACGAGGAAAUGGCCAACAAUAGUCCUGACGUUAAUGAUGAGGACGAGAGUUGCGACGGUGACGGUGACGACGUAUUUGAUGAAGGUUCCGAGUGUGAAAUGACCGACUCAAGCGGAAAUCAGAAGCCUCAGCUCCUGAUGGACAUGAGUCUCCUGUCCGAAGAACCAGUGGAUGCAACCGAACUCGGGCCCACGUCUACGAUCAUGCCAGGCUACCGGCACUCAGACACAUUCUUGGCAGUACCUGCUUUGGAAUUGCCAAGUACGACUUUCAACAUGUUCGACCCCAGCUGCAUAGGCACCUCAGAUCACUCAUCGGGGAAUUCGGCUAUUCAAACUCCGGACAGCGAUUGGAUGUCUUGGCUCAAUUCGCUUGAGACUGACACCUCAGUUUCGCUGGAAUCCCGGCCCCCAUGGUGGGAUGAAGGUCCUAUUGAUCAAAGUUACUUUCACGACUCCAGCUAUGGAAGUUUUGAUGUCAACACGGCUGGUAUUUCGGAUACUAUUCAUAUCUCAAGAGCUAGGAAACGUGUUAAAGGCGAGACUUCUCCAAGAGCUUCUCUCGGGCCAGUGACUCGCGCUGAGAACACGUCGAAGGACAAUGGACAGAUGGGUCUUGUCACUUUGUCUCUGGACCAAGUAGACCCGAUAAUCGCCAACGAGAUAAUAGGAAGCGUCAUGAAGCACAGUGCUGGUCUCAAGAUCAACUGUACCGUCAAUAAUCACCCAUAA